GACAAGGAAGUCAGGUGAGUCAGGAGUGCCGCUGACUGCCGUAAAACACUUCAUUUAUCUGGGGUAACGUUGUGUUCACCGCAUGCGUAGUGAGCGAGCGCUUUUGGGGCAGCUGUUCGCAUAUCAAAGGCCCGUGCGACACACAGUCAGACGAAGAAUUUUGCAGCUGGAGUCGUCGCGGCACGACUCUCUUUAGGAAGUUUACCCGAAAGUUCAAGUUACGAGUCAAAGUUCAAGUUAGAGAACCGGUUAACGCACUUCCUGAGGGACGACAACCUUCGGACCUCGAAAAACCGGAUCGGAGACGUGCAUCUGCGAUGACUGCCAUCAAUCGACUUUGAAGGCAGUGCUAGAGAAGCACCGAGGGGCUCUUCAACUUUGUGUUAAGCAGCGCAGAGACCAAUGUACUGGGGUUAGCUUAUGAGACCUUAAAGUCAGAAUAGGUGUUUCUUUUUUUCGGUAUGAUUUUUCCUCCCAAAAGCCGACCGCGUUAACAUUUGAAGGAAACAUUUUUUUUUGAAAGAACGUGAAAGAAAAGUAAGAAAGCAAAAACACAAAACGGGGACAUCAGUGACUUUCGCGAUCACGGCGAAGAAGUCAAACACAAAGAUUGAUUUACCUUUACAUGGUCAUAACGCUGGAAGUUUGAAGACGUAGGAAAACUGGUCAACACCAAUAAAUAUUUUCUUCGAGGCCACCUAAGAGAUGUUUUGACAAGAUAAAAGCGAAAUACAGGUCAAAGAGACCGACAUUUGUUACUGUUGUACUAGAGUAGAACUGAUAUUCUUGAGAAGACAUCGUUUAGAUAGAGGCUAACGCACGUGAAAGCGAUGGCGCAUGGGUUAUAGUGAAUAGAACAGACGGGGUUGAGCUGCAAAGGAGGGACCUAUAAAACAAUCGCUCGUAGCCUAUGUGAUGUGAUAUCGAUAAGAUGAGGAAUUGAAAGAACGAUCGCACUAUUUGAAACCUGUGUCUUGAAAGUCGGAAGUGCAGACUAAAGCGGACCAUCUCACAAGUGCUUCGUCGUUGGUGAACAACAAGUUACACGAGACUGAAUUCGAUAAUUGAAGGAGAUAAGUUUUUAGAGCAAUAAAGGAUAGCUGGUUAUUUGGGACAGCUAUAGGGCACUAGCGGAACAGUGAGAAAACAAGAAAGAACGAUAGAAAGCAGCAAAAUGCCAGCACACACAUUUGUCGCUUUGGACUACGUGGUGUUGAUUUCACUACUGGUACUGUCGGCUGGAAUCGGCGUGCUGUUCGCCUGGCGCAACCGUCGAAAGAACAACAGACAGUUCCUGACAGCCAACAGAGAACUCAGUUGGGUGCCGGUGUCCCUGUCAAUGAUGGCGAGUUUCGUCUCGAGCGCUUCGGUGCUCGGCAUGCCUUCGGAGGUGUUCGUGCGUGGUUCGUUGAUGUGGACUGGCGCAAUAGGGUCAACUUUGGCGAUCCUGAUGGCUGCGUUCAUCUUCAUGCCCAUGUUCUACAAGAUGGACGUCACCAGCAUCAACGAGUAUCUGGAGAAGAGGUUUUCGUCACGGGCCGUCAGAAAAAUGGGAUCGAUAAUUUUCAUCGCACACACGAUAUUUUUACUGGGUAUUGCGCUGUAUGGUCCUUCACUGGCUCUGGGAUCUGUGACCGGUAUACCGGUAUGGUCUUCUAUACUCGUCAAUGGGGCCGUCUGCACAUUCUAUACAUCAAUAGGCGGUAUCAAGGCUGUGGUAUGGACCGACGUCGUCCAAGUGAUCCUCAUAUUCACUGCAUACAUCAUGGUCAUUGCAUGCGGUUUGCAUCACUUGGGAGGUUUCGGAGUCAUGUGGCAGAAUGCGAGGAAUGGAGGCCGCGUGAUAUUCACUAAUUUCGACACGAGCCCGUACGAGACGUACACUACGUGGACAAUGGUUCUUGGCUUUACCGUCACGCUGAUGGGCAUGUACUGCGCCAAUCAGAUACAGGCGCAGCGCUAUACUAGCAUCGGGUCAUUGAAAGGCGCUCGCAAAGCUCUGAUGCUGAACGUUCCUGGCAUGGCACUUAACAUGAUAAUGACUGUGCUGUCAGGGCUGACCCUGUACGCCGUGUAUGGGCGCUGCGAUCCCAGACUUACGGGAGACAUCCGAAAGGCAGACCAGCUCAUGCCCUAUAUAAUACAAGAUCUGCUCUACCAGUAUCCCGGUCUCUCCGGCUUAAUGGCGGCUGCUGUCUACAGUAGCUCGCUCAGCACGCUCUCAUCCGGUUACAACUCCCUAGCGGCUGUGACGUGGGAAGACUUUCUGCGCCCUUGCAUGGAGACUUCUGAAUCAACUGCUCUGAAGAUAACCAAGGUGACCGCUGCUACGUAUGGAAUUCUUUCAAUGUUAAUAGCCUUCCUCGUCGGGACCAUGGAAUCCAUCAUGCAGGCUGGCUUGACAAUGGGAGGUGCUCUGUGCGGUCCACGUGUGGCCAUCUUUACCUUGGGCUUGCUUUUUCCCUGCUGCAAGAAAAAGGGUGUCAUCGCUGGAACUGUGGUGGCGGUAAUGGUCACCGCUUGGAUCUCAGUGGGUUCUAUAUUGUACCCACGGAAGCGCUACACUCUGCCUACGACCACUGAGGGAUGCUUGCAUUUCAACGAGACCAUCACAUCUGGAUCGUUUGAACCACCGCGCCGUCCGAGUGGGAUCAACCAGCUGUACCACAUCUCUUUCAUGUGGUUCGCUUUCAUAGGAUUCAUCGUGCACAUGAUCGUCGCACUGGCCGUGAGCCUAGUCUUCGAACGGAGUGGCUCGGACGAUGUAGAUCCGGCAUACGUGUAUCCUCUGGUCCGGAAAUACAUGGGGAGAAGCCUGACCAGAAGGAACGACAGCCAGUUCCAGCUCAACGAGACCUUGUCAGUGAGCACAUCGCCACCAAAGGAGCUUAAAGAACUCAUCUCGGAGCAUGAACAACGCACUUGAGUGCUGCACUGUCGAAAAGUUACCAGAUUUCACCUCACUUAGAUGUGAGAAGCGGGUAGACUUUUGGUGAUGUAGGUGUUUUUACCAAAAGUAAAUAACGAAAAUAGGUGUUCUUCUCAAAUAGUCAAGGUUUUCAGCAAGUGCCCCCCCCCCCCCCCCCCCCCCCAAAAAAAUUCCUGGCUACGGGCCUGUGCACAACAGUAUUCAGUUACAGGCCGCUGAGACCACCGCCAGUCUUAUUGACUUCCAUUUUCCUAGUUAUCCUGAGAAUGGGCCUGUGGUGCCUGUGUACAUGUUCUCGC